GUCUCGCUCAUUCCUUCCCCAAGAUGGCGGACAGUGUGGCAGAAAAUGUGGCUUCGGAGGCGGCUGCGGCCCUGAACGAAACCAUGAACGGGACGGAGGCCGUCAACGGCACGGCCAGAGUGCCGUCCACCCCCGAGGGGAUGGCUGUAGCGUACAGCAGUCUGGUGGUGAUGGCGCUCAUACCCAUAUUUGUGGGCGCUUUUCGUUCGGUCAGGUACCAUAAGGAACAAAAGGAGUCUGGGGAGAAGGGGGAGACCAUGACCAGUAAGGAUGCUGCCAUGUUCCCCAUCAUUGCCAGCUGUACCCUCUUUGGGCUCUACAUGUUCUUCCAGAUCUUUUCCAAGGAGUACAUCAACCUGCUCCUUGCCUUCUACUUCUUCUUCCUGGGAGUCUUGGCACUUGCACACAUCUUAAGCCCAGUGGUAAAUGCCCUGAUUCCUGCCUCCUUCCCCAACCAAGACUACCACCUGAAGUUUGCUCAGGGGAAGCCAGACAAGGAGGAAGAAUUGAUGGACUACCACUUUGACCGUAAGGACCUGGUGUGUCUGGGCAUCUGUACAGCCAUUGGAGUCUGGUAUCUCAUGAAGAAGCACUGGGUGGCCAAUAACCUGUUUGGGCUGGCGUUUGCCCUGAACGGUGUCGAGCUACUGCAGCUGAACAGCGUCACCACUGGGUGCAUAUUGUUGGGGGGACUCUUCAUUUAUGACAUAUUCUGGGUGUUUGGUUCGUCCCAGGUCUUCGGCACUAACGUCAUGGUGUCAGUAGCCAAGUCCUUUGAGGCACCAAUCAAGUUGGUGUUCCCACAGGACAUCCUGGAGAAAGGGCUGGAGGCCAACAACUUUGCCAUGCUGGGGCUGGGAGAUAUCGUCAUUCCAGGCAUAUUUAUAGCUUUGCUACUCCGUUUUGAUGUCAGCCUGAAGAAGGACAGCAAGCUGUAUUUCUACUGCAGUUUCAUCGCCUACUUCGUUGGCCUGCUGGUCACAAUAUUCAUCAUGCACGUCUUCAAGCAUGCACAGCCUGCCCUGCUGUACCUGGUGCCUGCCUGUGUGGGGGCACCACUGUUUGUGGCACUUGUGAAGGGGGAGCUAGUGCAGAUGUCUGGCUAUGAGGACAGUCCAGAAGAGAAAACCGCUGAAGGAACUGCCAAUGACAAGGAAGGGAAACAGGAAGUGAAAAAAGACAAAUGAGCAAAAAAGGGAGAGACAUGCCUCCCUGGACAGGUAGAUUCCAAAGGUUUCACUGAGAGGAAGGUAAUAUUUAGUUGGAAAUCCUUUCCUUAGGGGGAGGCAAUAAGUAUCGUAGAAAACCCUCCUUUGGAUACAAUGGUAUUGUCUAGAUCAGUACUCUAAGUCAUGAAAGAGAAGAUGAUACCACUAUCUUCAAGGGGGCACGGCAACUUUAGUUUUGAUUACAUAUACACAAGAAUUAUAACUGUAGAUACACAUAUAAAUGUACUACAUUCGUUAGUUUUUGAGGUUCUUUCUUUUCUUUGUUGUACUUAUCCUAGAUAUCAGCAGCUUUGAACAUUGUUAGUGUGGAGGUAAUGACCAAAAGUCACAUAGCUUAAAUCAUAAUUUACAGUAUGGACAAAGUUAUUUAUUGCAUCCUUUCAAGUCUGAAUACUUGCUUCACAAUUUGUUUGGCGAAAAACAGCCUUGACUUUAUAGAUGGACAUUCCAACAACACCUUUGUGGGCUGAUUCACUUUGUAACAGGUUGAGACAUCUAUUCCAUAUACUUUAUUUAGUGCAACUGUCAGAGCAGAAAACAGAAGAUUUGCCUCUAUGGUGUUGUAGUUUCCAUUUCUUAAAUACACAUGGCAACUCAUUACAUAAUAUUUUUGUGGCAGAGCAUACCAUUUACCUGUGCAUACCUGAAGUACUUCCUCUCAAACAGAGGCUCCCUAAAGGCCAAGAAUAUAAGUGAAGUCCUUUAUGGCAUCAAUAGUAAUGACUCAGAAACUGUGAAAGUUGGAAAGAAAGCAAAACUGUGUCAAAUGUCCUAAUAUUGGACAAGAUGGGCAGAACCAUAAAGCCACGACACCAUGAUGUAAACCAGAAUAUUCCGUUAACUAUGACACAAUAAAGGAAAUGUGAAGAAUGUGCUGUA